AACCACCGUUAAACUCCAAAGAAGAAGAAAGCUUCACACAGUCAGAAGAAACUUGUUGACAAACAUACAGCGUAGAUAAGUAAUGGCCGAAUUAAAUCGAAGUCUUCAAGAAUAUCUGGCCCAGUCUAAAGGCGGUGCCAAGGUAAUAUCUCAGUCCAGCUCAAGUACGACUAUAGACAUCGAUGAAUCCCCCUCAAUAGCUGGGAGCUGGUUCGGUAGCUGGUCAAGCCCGUUCUCUGGUUCCAGCAGCCGCAGCGGAGGUUCGACGAGCAAAGGGUCGGGCAGCGGCUUUUCCUGGCCGUGGUCUACGGAGCCAGAUCCAUGUUUACCGGGGAUGAGUCGCUCGCAACGACUCGUCGCUGUCGGAGUGUGUAUUGCGUUCUCGGCGUUAUGCUUUGGACUGUCCGCCAUGUACGCACCUUUGUUGCUGUUGUAUGCACGCAAAUUCGCCCUUCUCUGGUCUCUCGGCUCUCUUUUCGCGAUUCUGGGAGCAGCGAUACUGCGGGGACCCAGCAAGCUCAUAGCGAGGCCCACUCCAAGCGCGGCGGUGUAUCUGUGCUCUCUUGGAGGUACACUUUAUGCAGCGCUCAGCCUUCACAGCACCCUACUCACCGCCCUCGGAGCCAUUGUCCAGGUUGCCAUCAUCGUUGGGUACAUCGUCUCUUGGCUGCCAGGCGGUAGCGCAGGUAUUCGCUUCAUGGGAGGGAUGGCAGCGUCUGCUAUCAAAAGGACUGUCACGGGUAAAACGAUGCCAAUUUGACCACCACUUCAAUGAAUCCUAAUGGUAUUAUGCCCUCUGUUGUGAAUAGGGCUGACUGAUUAGUUCAAAGUGCACACCUGUAUACUACCAAAACAUUCAGGAAUGGACAGACUAAGUUGAAAAACAAAAAGUUAUAAUGACUGGCACUAGACGACAAUGGUGUAAUUCCUGUUUUUCUUCUCUUAAUUUACUUCUGAUGGACCAAGCCCAAUAUUAAUGUCUCUGAGAAUACUCACAUGAACAAAUCACAUUUUAUUUGUCACAUGCUUCGUAAACAGGUUUAGAUUUACAGUGAAAUGCUUACUUAUGGGUCCUUUUCCAACAUUGUGGAGUUAAAGAUACAAUAUAAGUAGUGACACAAGGAAUAAAUACUUAAUGAACGAAUUACAAUAAGAGUUCAAAUAACAUGGCUAUAUACAGGGCGUACCAGUACCGAGUUGAUGUGCACGGGUACAAGGUAAUUUAGGUAGCUAUGUACAUAUAGGUAGGGGUAAAGUGAAAAAACAGACCAACUGAAAACUAUUUCCCCCCCCAGUAAUGUUUGACAAAUAAAAUGUACUGCAGUAAUGUUA